AUGAGUGGGGAGAGGGUGAGUGAGAGGAAGAGGAGGAGAGAGACGGGGCUGAGUGUCUUGGGAUUAGUGCUGCUGUUAUACACUGCUGUACAACUUAUCUUCUACAGCGCAACACACACUGCUGAACAACAUCACAGAGGGAAACGGGCGCUUGAGAAUGAGAGUCAGUGUGUUCCUCCGCAGUCCUCCGAAUUCCCACAGGGAUUUUUCACACAACAGGAACAGAAGGAUGGCGGGAUCAUCAUUUACUUCAUCAUUAUUUUUUACAUGCUGCUCGCCAUCUCUGUUGUUUGUGAUGAAUAUUUUUUACCAUCACUUGAAGUCAUCAGUGACUGUCUUGGUCUCUCUCAGGACGUCGCCGGUGCCACUUUCAUGGCUGCUGGAAGCUCCGCCCCUGAACUAGUCACUGCCUUUCUGGGUGUGUUUGUGACAAAGGGAGAUAUCGGUGUGAGCACUAUCGUGGGCUCUGCUGUUUAUAACCUGCUGGGAAUCUGCGCUGCAUGCGGCCUCUUAAGCUCAGUAGUUAGCCGUCUGAGCUGCUGGCCGUUGUUCAGGGACUGUGUGGCCUACGCCGUCAGUGUGGCUGCUGUGAUCACCAUGAUCUCUGAUAAUGAAGUCUACUGGUAUGAUGCAGCAUGUCUGUUACUGGUGUACGGUGUGUACAUCGCAGUGUUGUGUUUUGAUGUGAGGAUCAGUGAGUAUGUGUUGCGGCGUUUCAGUCCAUGUUGUAUGUGUUUGGGGAAGAGUGAGGCGGAGCUCUCAGAGAGACGGCCCCUCAGUGAGUGGAGCUACGACCAGGACCGUGAUGUCACAAGUCUGCGAAUCUCCCGCCGCUCGCGUACAGACAGUAGCAUCUUCCACGAGGACGCAUCAUACUCACACCUGUCCCUCAGCUUGCAUGGCCUUUCAGACGUGCCCCAUGAGCCCCACAGUGUGUUCCGAAUGCCAGACAGUGAUGUGCAGCGUAUAUUUUGGGUGUUGUCUGUCCCUGUGUUGGUGCUGCUGUACUUUACGGUACCUGACUGUAGGAAACGGUUCUGGAAGAAGUUCUACAUGCUGACGUUCUUCAUGGCUGCUGUGUGGAUUGCUGCCUUCACCUAUGUCCUUGUCUGGAUGGUCACCAUCGUGGGAGAGACACUGGAGAUCCCUGACACAGUGAUGGGUCUUACAAUGCUAGCAGCAGGAACCAGCAUCCCGGAUACAAUCGCCAGCGUGAUGGUGGCUCGAGAGGGUAAAGGAGACAUGGCCAUGUCCAACAUCGUAGGUUCUAAUGUGUUUGACAUGCUGUGUCUGGGCCUGCCGUGGUUUAUAAAGACAGCGUUUGUGGAGCCGUCGUCUCCGGUGGUGGUGAACAGUACGGGUUUGGUCUUCACCACCUCCUCACUCCUCGUCUCCAUCCUCAUCCUCUUCAUCGCCACUCACAUCAACGGCUGGAAGCUGGACAGGAAACUCGGCACUGCCUGCUUAGUUAUCUACAUAAUUUUCGCCACGCUGUCCAUCCUCUACGAGCUCGGGAUCAUCGGGAACAGUCCGAUCCAAGUCUGUGGCGACUGACCUCAGAGCUGAACCUGGAAACCUGCACCAUGGAGAAUUCCUGCUCUCAGAUCAGCCUGAACAUACAGGGUUCACACAGAAGAUCAAAAACCCUGCAGGUCACUGACCUCAGAUCAGUGUUCAUUCACAACAGCUGAGACUCCUGUGAACACCUGGGUCUGUUUCACUGACCUCAGAUCAGUUCCUGUGGUUUAUGCAGAAUCAGCAUUCACACUUCACUCUAGACUUCAUUUCUUUUUGUACAGAAAAUACUGAUCUCAGAUCAUUUAUAACCUUUCAGGGUUCUUUGAGAACCUGAGGUUUAUAAAUGCCCCUGACCUCAGAUCAGCCUGGACACAUUCACACUGCACUGGGAACAGGGUUGCUGAUACACACUCGCUCAGCACUG